AUGCGGAGCUGCGGGAGGCUGCGGGAGGCUGCGGGCUGGGCCGCCCCGCUGCUCCUGCUUUGGCAGUGCCUGCCGACGGCGCGGGCCUACAACUUGGACACCCGGCACGCGCUGCUCUUCCGCGGGGACAACGGGACCCUCUUCGGCUACUCGGUUCUCCUGCACCGCCACGGCGAGGAGCGAUGGCUGGUGGCGGGCGCGCCCCGGGCCACCUGGCCCGCCAACACCUCGGUGGUCAACCCCGGGGCCAUUUUUCGGUGCCGGAUCGGCGGGAACCCCCACGGGCAGUGCGAGCAGCUCCAGCUGGGCAACCCCAGCGGAGAGCCCUGUGGGAAGACUUGUUUGGAAGAGCGUGAUAAUGAGUGGCUGGGUGUCAGCUUGUCAAGGCAGCCAAAAGAAAAUGGAUCUAUCGUUGCUUGUGGACAUAGAUGGAAAAAUAUAUUUUACGUGAAAAAUGAACACAAGCUCCCACACGGUAUUUGUUUUGCCAUCUCUUCUGACUUUCGAACUGAACUGAGCAGAAGAAUAUGCCCCUGUUAUAUUGAUUUUGCACGAAAGUUUGGAGAAAACUAUGGGUCAUGCCAGGCUGGAAUUUCUAGUUUUUAUAUUGAGGACUUAAUUAUAAUGGGAGCCCCUGGAUCCUUUUAUUGGACUGGUUCUGUUUUUGUAUACAAUACAACUGCGAAUGCAAUCCAUGCUUAUACAGAUUCAAAUAACCAAGUGAAAUUUGGCAGUUAUCUAGGAUAUGCUGUUGGAGCUGGACAUUUUCUGACACCAGACAGUAUAGAAGUAAUUGGAGGGGCUCCCCAACAGGAGCAGACUGGUAAAGCCUACAUUUUUAGCAUUGAAAGGCAACUAAACAUUCUAUUUGAACUAAGAGGUAAAAAGCUUGGUUCUUACUUUGGAGCUGCAGUUUGUGCUGUGGACCUGAAUUCAGAUGGCCUCUCAGACUUGCUAGUUGGUGCUCCAACGCAAAGUACCAUCAGAGAAGAAGGAAGAGUUUAUGUCUAUAUUAAUUCAGGUUCUGAAGCAAAGAUGGUCGAACUGAACAUAGAGCUCAGUGGGAGUGACUCAUAUGCAGCGAGGUUUGGAGAGUCCAUAGCCAAUCUAGGAGACAUAGAUAAUGAUGGUUUUGAAGAUGUAGCAAUUGGGGCUCCACAUGAAGAUAAUCUAAAAGGGGCUAUUUAUAUUUACAAUGGUAGGGAAGAUGGAAUAACACCAUCAUUUUCACAGAGGAUACGAGGACAUCAAGUCAGUAAUUCUUUAAGCAUGUUUGGACAAUCCAUAGCAAGUGGCAUUGAUGCAGAUAACAAUGGAUAUCAAGAUGUAGCAGUUGGUGCAUUUUUCUCCGAUUCUGCUGUGGUGCUGAGAACAAAACCAGUGAUAAUUGUUGAAGCUUCUUUAAAACAUCCUAAUUCAAUAAAUCGAACUAAUUUAAACUGCAUGGAAAAUGACCAGCCUGCCACCUGUAUGAAUUUGAAGAUAUGCUUUACCUAUAGAGGACGAGAGGUACCUGGUUAUAUUGUAUUGCUUUAUAAUCUGAGUGUUGAUGUGACCAGAAAAGAGGAUACACAAGCAAGGUUCUAUUUUUCCUCCAACGGAACAUCUGAUACAAUCUCAGGAAAAGUUAAGAUUUAUAGCAAGAAUACUGCCUGCAAAGAUCAUCCAGCAUUUAUGAGGAAAGAUGUAAGGGAUAUCUUGACUCCUGUAUAUGUUGAAGCAAGUUAUCGUCUGGGGCAUCAUAUUCUACAGAAAAGAAAUGCUCAAGAAUUUUCACCACUUCAACCUGUUCUUCAACAGAGGGAGGAAAAAGAUAUUAUACAAAGCAAGUUUAUUUUUGCACGACAUUGCUCCCAAGAAAAUUGCUCUGCUGACUUAAGAGUUUCUGGAAAGGUUGUUUUUCCAAAGCCUCAUGAUAAAAAAACAUAUCUUGUUGUUGGAAGUAUGAAGACUUUAUUGUUGAACGUUUCUCUGCUUAAUGUUGGAGAUGAUGCAUAUGAAACUAUCCUCCACAUUCAAAUCCCUAAAGGUCUUUAUUUCAUUCGAGUUUUAGAAUUGGAAGAAAAACAGAUACAUUGUAAUGUGUUAGAUAAAGAAAUUCAUGCAGUAAAACUUGAGUGCAGUGUUGGUUAUUUAUAUGUAGAUCAAAAAUCAAAGCUGGAUUAUAGUUUCCUCUUGGAUGCAAGCUCCUUUACCAGAGCAGAGGAGGACCUCAACAUCAUCAUUAAUGCUACCUGUAAAAAUGAAGAUGGGAACAUGUUGCUGGAUAACUCGCUAACGUUAGCUAUACCUCUAAAAUAUGAGGUUGAGUUAAAUACUCAUGGGUUUGUGUCACCAGCUGUGUUUGUUUAUGGAACAGAAGAGAAAGAUUCACCAGUUACAUGUAUGAAGGAGAAUAUCAACUUCACUUUCCAUGUUAUCAGUGCAGGACCAAGCAUGUCUCCAAACACUAACUUAGAGAUAAUGAUACCAAAUGCUUUUCCACCCAGAGACUUCAAAUUAUUCAACAUAUUGAAUAUCAAGACAACAGUUGGACAGUGCUCCUAUAAUAAAUAUCCCAGAAACUGUACUGCAGCAGAAAAAAAUGAAAAUAUAUUAAAGGAUGUCAUCACUUUCUUUUCAAAGCCUACUAAGAGACAAAUGUACUGCAUGAAAAAUGACAGCCUUUGCUUACAAAUACAUUGCAAUCUUGGCAACAUGGAAAGUGGAAAAGAAGCGACUGUUCAGUUGCAUCUGGAGGCUACUCCUUCACUUUCAGAAAUGGAUGACGCAUCAGCAUUGAAGUUUGAAGUAAGAGCAACAGCCUGGCCAGAAAAAAAUGCAAAGGUUAUUGAACUACAUAAGGACAAGCAAGUUACAUAUGUCUAUUUGGAAGGAAUGCACCACCUAAAGCCAAAAUACCAUGUUACUGUGCUAAUUAUUGCCAUAGGCUUAAUAAUUGGUGUUACCUUGUUUUUGCUUCUUUCAUUUAUAUUAUGGAAGAUUGGCUUUUUCAAAAGGCAAUACAAACCAGUCCCUCAAGACACAAACAGAAGAGACAGCUGGAGUUUUACAACUGGGAACAAAGAUGACUAAGAUGGCAAAUAAACAUUUGAUUUUAAAAUGAAGAAAUUAAGAUUCAGGUUAAUUCACAGAAGAAAUAUCAGCAACAAGAAAACUAGGCCUUGAGCGCACUCGCUCUUACAAACACACUUUAUUUCCUUGAACUGUAUGGAGGACUACACCUUACAGUACUGUUGUUCUAAUAUGAAAGUGGAAAAACAGUUGGUUCUGAAGUCUCACAGUAGUAUUUGAAAUGCUAUAUAUAUAUACAUAUGGUUUCAAACAGACAGAAGAACACUAAAGAGAAGAAAAAUUACUUAUUGGAAAGAAGUAUUUCGAGAAAGUAAUAAUUUUUGGCCAAUCCUGGAAAGUCAGAUUUCAAGCACAUUAGCAUAAGUUAUUCUAGUAAUUUUGAAGUUUCAAUAAUAUUUGGAUUAGACAUUCAAGAAGAAACCCUCUCUCAUCUUGCUGUGGCAGUUUAACAAGGGUAAAUUAGCUUCAACCAAUAGAAGGACUGUAAGUAGAGCACACAGAUGUAGAAAAGGGCUGUCAGAAGCUCUCUUGGGCUUCUGAAGGUAACCUCAUAAGCUUUGGCUUCACAGGCACAGCCACAUCAUUGAAGAGACUUAGACACCCAGGCAAGCCAGAACCAGGAAGGUCAAGUGUUGAUUCAGAGCAGGGAAUUAUGUGGGGUAGCCUGGAUAUCCAGCUGUACAGAGUAAAGUAUUGUAGAUCAUAAUUUGUUGCCAUCUUUAACAUGGUACUUGCAAACAUGACAGAACUACUUGUUUCAUCCUUUCCUCAGAUAGUGCUGCCAUGAUGUUCUGGACUUUUCCAAUUAAUUAUUUCUAUGUGGGUUUUUUUUAAAGUAAGUAUUUAUUUUUAUUUAUUUAAAGAUUUUUCUAUAGUACUUAUCCUAGUAGUAUUUAGUGCUGGCAUUCUUCCAGAACCUGAAAAAAAUAAAAAGACUUCACCUGACAAAACAGAGACAUGCAUACCCAAGAGAUGCCAACUGCCAACCUUAAUG